UUAAAUCCUAUUUGCAUUUAUCAAGUGAUUUUCAAAAGGCACAAAGCAAUUUGAUUGAGCAUGAAUUGUCGUAUAUAGGAAGAAUCCAGCGGCCUUUGUGAAAAAAGUAAUAAAAAGCUUUUUAAAUGACUUACCAUGACCUUCAUCUUAUAUAAGCUGUAAGCAUAUGCAAAAUUAUUUAUUCUCUCAGUCCAUAGCCAACUCAAGAAACUAGCUCAUCAGACGAAGAAAAUGUCUACCUCGGCUAACCUCACUGCACAUCCUGUUGCAUACUUCCAUCCAUCCCAUUGGGGUAACUACUUUCAAAAUACAUCUCCCCGUGAUGAGGCAACCCAACUUCAAAUGGAGCAAGAACUAGAGCAGCUAAAAGAGGAAGUGAAGAAGGAGCUAGUUGCAACUUCUAGCAAACCACUAAAGCAACUCAUUUUUAUUGAUGCAAUCGAACGUCUUGGGGUGGCAUAUCAUUAUGAGGAGGAAAUUGAAGAAGCCUUACAGCAAAUCUAUGAGAGCUUCCAUGAUCAAUGUGAUAAAGAUGAUCUUUACCAUGUUUCCACCCGCUUUCGUCUCCUUAGGCAACAUGGUUUCCGUAUGCCUUGUGCGUGGUCUGCCAUUGAUGAGGAGAUUUCGAAAUCUCUAAAAGCACUAGAGAAAUUAGAUGAUGAAGAUGAAGUGGAAACCAUGGUUAUGUUGGUAUGAUUAUCUCCUUUCGUAAUAAGAUUGAACUUGCAACAAUAGAAGCAAAGGAAAGAGUUCAGUAUUUGGAUUCCCUAAUAAAUGAUUAAUGUACUUAAACGUGUUCAACGAUUGAGGAUGAAAAGCUGAGAUUAUGUCUUCAAGAAAAAAAAAGUAUUCAAGUUUAGGUGGUGUUAU